UUACUCACCAAUUCCAUCAGAUAUAUCCGCCUCUCAUUCUUCUCUCUUUUCUUUCAUUUACUCACAACUGAGACAGAAAAAUAGAAAGAAAGAAAAAAAUGGCGGGAAGCAGCAAUGAGGAAGAAAUGGAGUCGGUGCUGCUCCCCAAUUUCGACCUCAUCUACCAGGAUUUCAAGAAUGCGAUUGCGGAGAUAGAGUUGCUCAAAUCCAACAGUAACGCCGAGCUCAAAAUCCGAGAAGCCCUCCAAUUCACCACUCAUUCUCUCCGCCAAGAGAACGAGCGGCUGACUAAACUGCAAUCAGAAUCUCUCCAUAAUCUUGCUGACCAGCUUGAACGGCGCACAAAAUGCCAGAGCUUGAAAGAAGAACUUAAGAGAGUGAGUGAUGAAAGUCUCCAUCAAGAAUAUGAACACAGGAAGUCUAUGGAUUUGCUUAAGCGAGAUUACAUGACAAAGGUUGGCGACUUAGAGGCUCAAAUCCAUAGGGGCCUUCUGCUUGAAAAGGCAACAAAUGAAGCAACCAUUAAUCUCCUCCGUCAGGAUUUGACAGCGCAUAAAACUCAUGUUCAGACUCUUGCAAAGAGGUUGGACUGUGUUCAUUUCGAUGUGGAAUCUAAAUAUGAUCUUGAGAUGCAGGAUCUGAAGGACUGUCUUAUGAUUGAACAGGAAGAGAAAAAUGAGUUGAGUAGGAAAAUCCAAGAACUGGAGAAGGAAUGUGGAAGGUGUGGCAAGAGGGACAACCUGUUUGUGAGUACUGUGCAGAGAGGAAAAUAAGGAAUGAGCAUGACAAAUUAUUUGGUAUAGAGAGGAAAGGAAUGAGCGCAACAAGUUAUUUGGUAUACUCGGUGUACUGCAUCUUUCUCGCAUAAAUGUAGGUUCAUAUAUAGGAUCUAUAGGUGGGAUCCCACUUUUACACAGGGUGUAAUGAAUAAUUUUAUAGGACAAGAUAUUACCCACUACUCCCUUGUUUGGCAGCCAAAAUUAAGAGAGGGAUGGUUCCAUUCCAUGGUGCUGUAUAUGUUUGGUCAAAAAAUAGGUGGAGUGGUCCAUUUCAUUUUCUUAUGACAGUAAAUUAUACAAUUCACAUACUUUAUGGGUAACUAUUCAACUUCGAAUGAAAUACCUAAUGUUUAGUCCUUUGAAUCACUGUUCCAAAAGUGUGUUUAGUCUUUAUGUCCCCUUGUUAGAAGCUUCCCUGUUGCAGAAAAAAUGAUCCAUUACAUUACAUUAAAGUCAACAAAAUCCUUUUGUAUCUUCGAUUUACUUAGAUUGUGCUUUCAUUUUGGUUGGGUCUGAAGUCAUUUUCGUUCACAAUUUUGAAGCCUUUCAUGGAGUCAAGGGUUUGCAAAGCUUUCUACCAUCAAAUGUGUCAUUGUGGUCUAGAUGGAUUAAGUACUAAAGUUGUACUGCAC